GUGACGUUAGCUGCCAGUGUGUGUGAUUGUGUAUGCCUAGUAGUAUGCAUAGUACCUGAUCGCAUGAUUGCGAGAACAAACGUCAACACAGGGUGGAUAUAUAACAGUGUCAGAUGCCCUCUCAUCAACACCCUUCCUUGUUGUGCUCUAUCUCAUCGUAAUGCGUAAUGGAUUCCAGUGAAGUGCAGCAGACGUCGAUGAACUUCAAGUUAUAUGCCGUUCUCGUGGCAGACAGUAUUCUGAUAUACGACCAUAUGGCAACCAUCACAGAUGAAAUCACUUUCAUCUGGUGUCGUCCGAAAGCACUAUCUGCAAUAUUAUUUCUCGUCAAUCGCUAUGUCGCUCUGCUCGGCAAUGUCUAUAUGUUAUCUGUGUAUCUUCUGCCCAGUUCAGAUGAGAGCUGUCAGAAAUAUUUAAUGUCAAGAGACCUACUCUUUUUUGUCCAACAAAUCCUCGUUUGCCUUAUAUUGACUAUUCGCACUUAUGCUCUCUACUGCCGUAGCAAACGCCUCCUUACUUGGAUGAUUAUUGUUAUUUUUGCUUUCGGGGGAGUGACUGCAGGAACGUUCGGACUACAUUCAAGUAUCGUCGUGCCAGGAUUUACUCAUUGCUAUGAGUCAUAUUCAGAAGAGAUAGCCAUCAGUCCUGGGCUGGGAUGGGUGACACUACUUGUCUAUGAAUUGCUCAUUUUUGGCCUCACAAUUUGCAGGAUAUGCAAAACUAGAGGACUGUCUCUAGCAACAUCGAGGAGAAAUAUGCUUGAUAUCAUAUUUCAAGAUGGCGCAAUGUAUUUCGCGGUGAUGACAUUGGCUAAUCUACCCAACAUUCUGACGUACUACUGUGGUUCAAAUACCACCAGAGGCAGUCUAGCUACAUUUACUAGCUGCAUGUCCGUGACUCUCAUCUCUCGGUUGAUGCUUAACCUGCACAAAUCUGUCGACGCAGGCAUAUUUACCACCCCCGUCCGAGAUGAUGACUACGACUCCACUGUCCUUACCACUAGGGUCAACGUGCAGUCCGCAAUUCCCUCUUGCGAUUGCUACUAGGGCCCGGAAGUAAGAUGGAAACCGUCGAGAGUUUUAUUAAUAUUUCAAAGUGUACAAUGAAUAUGCAACACAUAUUUGAAGAACUUCUUAAUACCAGCUCUGAGC